AUUUUCUUUGCCAUAAUCCAUGGAUAUGAUAUUUAGCUUUUAUUAAUAUUAUUUACAUCAAGUUGUUGUACGUCUACUCCACAAGCUUUCAAGCUAGUCUCCACACUCUCACUACUCCAUCCAACUCCUUGAUUGCCUGCUGACCUCGAAGACACAGCAAGUUCUUGCAGUCUUGUCUUCGAUCUGUGAUCCAAGUCAAACUUCAGAAAAGAAAGAAAGUUACAUGCGAAAUUUCUCCUUCAUUUCCUUAUCUUCUUCUUGUACACCAUCUUUCUAGCUAGUUUACGUACCUCGCGUUUAUUUCACCCCCCAAAAAAAAAAAAAAAAAAAAAAAAAUAAGAAAAAGAAAAAAGUUACACUUCGUUUGCCGUCUUCUUUUAAUUUGAUUGUGCUUACCAUCUUUUUGCUUCUGUGUACUAACCGUUUAUAUAUUUGAUCAAGAAACCAAAAAAAAAAAAAAAAAAAAAAAAAAAAAAAAAGGAAAGUUGGACUCUACUCUUGAAGUUACUUCGGCCAGAUCAGUUAACAUCUCACAGAAGAUAUUUUAUAUAUUGGCUAGUCUUGUCUUUGGUCUGUUAUCCAAGUCAAACUUCAGAAAAGAAAGAGAGUUACAAGCGAAAUUCCUUCUUAAUUUCCUUUUCUUCUUGUACACCAUCUUUGUAGCUGCUUUACGUACCUCGCAUUUAUUUCACCGGAAACAACAACAACAAAAAAAAAAAAAAAAGGGAAGCCAAAACCAAAAACAAAAAAAGAAAAAAAGGAAAAAAAAAAAAAAAAAAGUUACACGUCGUUUGCUGUCUUCUUUUGAUUUGAUUGUUCUUACCAUCUUUUUGCUUGUGUACUAAUCAUUUAAAAAUUCAUCCGAAAAAAAAAAAAAGUUGGACUCUACUCUUGAAGUUACUUAGGCCAGAUCAGUUAACAUCUCACGGAAGAUAUUUUAUAUAUUGGCUAGGUAAUUAUGGAGUGUUUUGGUACCAUCAAGACUUGGAUUAUUGGAAAGGUAGCGGAUUACACAGUUAUACCGGUUGGCUCUCAGCUAGGCUAUAUCUUCCACUACAACCGCAAUGUAGGCAAGCUGAUAGCAGAAACUCAGGAUUUGAAGCUUGUGAAAGUGAGGAUGCAUCAUUUGGUUGAUGAUGCUAAAAGUAAAGGUGAAGAAAUUCAUGGUGGUUUCAAGGACUUGCUAAACCAAGUGGAUGACAUCAUGAAAGAAGCCAAAAAGAUUUUAGGGGAUGAAAACUACAUACAGAUCAAGUGUACUUUUCAGAAUCUGGUGGAAAUAUAUAAAGUCAGUAAGAAAGCCAAGAAGAUGUGUGAAUCUAUUGUCAAAAUCAAAUGUGAGAUUAGAUUUGACAACAUUUCUUACUUUCCCAAAAUGCAAAUCAAUUUUGGAAGUAAAGAUUACAUAGCCUUUGACACAAGAAAGGAAAUUGUGUGUGGAAUUAUGGAGGCCCUGGGAGAUGUUAGCAUUAAAAUGGUUGGGGUGUAUGGCAUACCUGGUGUUGGCAAAACCACACUUGUUAAAGAAAUUUCGAAACGGGUUUUAGUACAAAAAUUAUUCGAUCAAACCGUUUUGAUUAAUGUAUCACACAAUCCAAACCUUGAAAAGAUUCAAAAACAAGUUGCUGACAAGUUGGAUGUAGAACUUGAUGAGAAAAUUGGCCUAUCUGGAAAAGCACUUCAACUACGAAAUCGAUUGAAGGAUGAAAAGAAGUUCCUCAUAAUUCUAGAUGAUGUUUGGGAAGAACUAAACCUUUUGGACAUCGGAAUAGUUUUCGAUAGUCAUCAAAGCGGAUGCAAGAUAUUGUUAACAUCUAGAUUUCAGCAAGUGUUGCAAACUGAUAUGAGAGUUGAACACAAUUUCGAAGUUGAAAUUCUUUCAGAAGAUGAAGCAUGGAACUGGUUCAGCCAUAUAGUAGGCAAUUUGCCUAAUGAUCCUAGUUUCACAGACUGUGGAACUAAAAUUAUCAAACAGUGUGGAGGCUUACCAAUUUCCAUUGCAACAAUUUCACAUGCGUUGAAAAGCCGUGGCUUGUACUCAUGGAGAAAUGCCUUGGAAGAACUAGAGAAUUCCAACCCACAGAGUGAAAAGAUGCACUCUCUUAUCAAACUAUGUUAUGAAUGUGUGGAGAGUAGAGAAGCAAAAUCAUUACUUUUGCUUUGUGCUCUGCAUGAAGAAGGUGCAACGAUAGAAAUAAAACGUUUGAUGAGAUAUGGCAUGGGCUUGGAUAUGUUUGAAGGCGUUUGGACAUGGAAAGCAAUGACAAAAAGGGUGCCUAGUUUGGUCAGUGAACUUAAAGAUCGCUGCCUGUUGUUGGACGGUGAUGAUCUAGUUACAGUUAAAAUGCAUAAUGUCAUUCGAGAGGCUGCCAUAUCAAUUGCAAAAGAAAGUCAUAUGUUUUGUUUAAGAGAUGGUGCUGAGGUAGAAGAUUGUCUAGAGAAGAAAAGACUUGCAUACUCAAUGGCAAUCUCUCUACCUAAUGGAUUUGUAGAUCAGCUAGUUUGUGAAAACUUAGAAUAUAAACAGCUUGGGUUAAUGUGGAUGCAAGAAAACAAGGCUUCACAAAUCCCAGAAUGGUUUUUUGAGAGAGCAAAAGCGCAUAGAGUUUUAACUAUCUGUAAUCAAAAUCUGGGAGUGUUACCUCCAUCUUUAUGUUUCUUGCAAAAUCUUUCUACAUUGUUUCUUUGUGGUUGUAAACUGGCAGAUGUAUCUUUAAUUGGUGACCUCAGCAACUUAGAAAUUCUUGACCUUUCAGAAUCUUCUAUCAAGGAACUGCCAAGACAAAUUGGUCAACUAAGUCGUCUACGCAUGUUAGAUCUGAGUUGUUGUGAAGAGCUUAGAGUGAUCCAUCCCAAUGUCAUAUCAAAGUUGACACGUUUAGAAGAAUUGAGUAUGGGUGGCACUUAUCCAAAUUGGAAUCAAGUUGAAGUAGACAAUGGGGAAAAAAGAAGUGCCAGUCUUAUUGAGCUAAAGGAGUUGGCUCAGCUGACUAGUUUGGAUUUAGAAAUACCUGACAUCAAGAUACUGCCGAAAGACCUAUUUAGUGACAAAUUGGAGCGGUAUAAGAUUUGCAUAGAAGAAGAAGAAGACGAUGAUGAUGAUGGUGAAGAUUUCGAUGAUGAUGAUGAUGUAGUUGCAGAUCUUUCUCAAACCGCAACUAUUAGAGUUUUUGCAAUAACACUCAAAGACAAGAAAAGCAACAUAACACAAGAGCAUGGUCUCGAAGUUUUGUUGAAAAAGUCUCAUUUCUUGUAUUUAAAUGGAUUGGAGGAUGUGGCUAAUAUUGUUUAUGAAUUAGAUAAAAAGGGCCUUCCGGAAUUGAAGUGGUUUUGCUUGAUAAAUGUUGACAAGAUUCAGUACCUGGUUAACUCCACAGGAAGCAUUCAUCCUUGCAGUGCAUUUGGCAGCUUAGAGUCACUGUGGCUUAACAAUUUGAUGAACCUUGAAAAGAUUUGUCAUGGAGAACUCCCAGUGAAGUCUUUCCAAAGAUUGAGAGUUAUCAAAGUAAGAGGUUGCAUGAAAUUGAAAAAUCUCUUGCCAUUCUCCAUUGCUAAACAGCCUGAGAAAAUUAAAAUAGUUGAUUGCGAGAUGAUGGAGGAGAUAUUUACUCAUGCGAAUGACCAGGGGAAGGAGGAGGAACUUGAAGAGUUUCCGCAAUUGUGCUCUUUGACACUGAGAAACGUAUCAAAGCUAACCCAAUUCUGUUCCAAAUUGAAGAAAGUUCAUUGGGCUGAUAAGAAAGAAGAACAGUUGAUCGUAGAUUCAGACUUUGUAUCUUUUUUCAAUGAGAAGCUUUCUUUUCCCAAUUUAGAAACUAUGGAACUCUCCGGAUGUAAUUUCAAGAAAAUAUGGGACAAUCAGCCUCCAUCAAGCUCUAAUUCUUUCUGUAACCUAACAGCAUUGCUUGUAAAAAGCUGCAAGUUUUUGAAGAAUCUGUUUUCAUCUGCUAUGGCGACAAGCUUUGUACAACUUUGCUCUCUUGAUAUAAGUGACUGUGGAAUGAUGGAAGAAGUAAUAAGCAGGAAUGAAAAGACGGAUAAGAUGUCAUUCCCUAAACUUAGUCAUUUGAAGCUACAGAAACUUCCAAACUUGGUGACUUUCUGCUCUGAAAUUUUCAUAGAGUUUCCAGUGUUGAUUGGACUUUGCAUUGAGGAUUGUCCUAAAUUUAAAAAUUUCAUUUCCAAGUCAAAAGAGAAGUGCUACACCACCAUGCCAUCUUUCUUCAAUGAAAAUCGAGUAUCCUUUCCCAAGUUGAAGACCUUUGAACUAUCCGGAUGCCAUUUGGACAAGAUAUGGGAUGAUCAGUUUCUACCAAGCUCUACAUGUUUCUGCAACUUAACAACAAUGGUAGUAAAAAACUGUGAUUUUUUAAAGAAUUUAUUUCCAUCUUCUAUGGCAGCAAGUUUUGAACAACUCUGUUACCUUGAAAUAAGUGAUUGCUGGGAUAUGGAAGAAAUAAUGAGCAGAAAUGAAACAAUGGAUAAUAUGUCAUUCCCGAAACUGGGUCACAUGAAGCUACAAAAUCUUCCAGAGCUUGUGACAUUUUCGUCUUCAAUUUACAUUGAAUUUCCAGUCUUAACUGGACUCUGCAUUGAGGAUUGUCCUGAAUUUAAGACUUUCAGUUCCAACUCAGAAGUCGAAAAACUCCGCACCACCAUGACAUCUAUUUUUAAUGAAAAUGUUGCAUUCCCGAAACUGAACAGUUUAAAGAUUAAAGGCAUCGAUGAAUUGAAGAUGAUAUGGCAGAACGAAUUUGGUACUGCAGAUUCGUUUUGCAAAUUGGAAGAAGUGAAAGUUGAAUAUUGUGAUAAUCUAAUGAAGAUAUUUCCAUCUAAUAUGAAGAGAAGACUCUGCAAUCUAACAAGGUUGGAAAUAAGAGAUUGUGAAAUGGUAGAAGAGGUAUUUGAAGUCCAAAAGCCAAAUGUUGAAGAAACAAGCAAUAUAAUACCCUCUAAGUUGAUCCUUUCGAGUUUGGAAAAUUUAUCUGAACUGAAUUCUAUGUGGAAUAAAGAUCCUCAGGGAUCUCUUACUUUCCCACAUCUCAAGGAAGUGGUAGUUUCUAAAUGUCCAAGUCUGAAAUCAAUUUUUCCAUGUUCCAUUGCAAAAGGUCUUUUACACCUUCAAAGACUCGAUAUUUGGGAUUGUGGGGUAGAAGAAAUUGUUGCCAUGGAGGAAGGAUUAGGGAGUACGAUACAGCCUGAGUUUUCAUUCCCUCGACUGGAGGAAAUGGAGCUGAUUAAUUUGCCAGAUCUUGUGUGUUUCUAUCGAGGACUACAUACAUCUAGUCUGCCUUUACUAAGAGCCUUAGUUGUAGAAAACUGUGAGGAAAUGAAGGCUUUGGCUUUGGAGUUCUUCAGCUUCAAAGAAACACAAGGGUCAGCGUAUAAUGAUAUGCAGAUUCAGCAACCAUUAUUUUAUCAGAAGCUUCAUCAACCAAGCUCUACUUCUUUGCAUAACUUAACAAAAUUGGCUGUAAUUGGCUGUGAUUAUCUGGAAUAUCUAUUUUCAUCUCUUGUGGCAACAAGUUUUGUUCAACUCUAUUCCCUUGAGAUAAGAGACUGUGAGAUGAUCGAAGAAAUAAUGAUCAACAAAGAAAGAAUCGACAAGGUGUCAUUCCCCAAGCUAAAUCAUCUGAAGCUACAAAAUCUUCCAAGCCUUACAUCUUUCUCCUCUGCAGUUUUCACUGAUUUUCCCAUGUUGGCUAAAUUUUCCAUUGAGGAUUGCCCUGAAUUUCACACAUUCAUUUCCAAGUCUGAAGAGAACAUUUUCACCACUAUGCCAUUGUCCCUCUUCAAUGAAAAGGUUACAUUCCCCAGCUUGAAUUAUGUGAAGAUUGUAAGAAUUGAUAAAGUGAAGAUGAUAUGGGAUAAUGAACAUGUUACACCAGAUUCUUUUUGCAAAUUGGAAGAGGUAAAAGUUCGAAGUUGCAAGAAUCUGAUGAGGAUUUUUCCAUCUGGUAUGCAGAGAAAACUCCACAAUCUAACAUGGUUAGACAUAGAUGACUGUGAAAUGGUAGAAGAGGUAUUUGAAAUCCAAAUGUCGAAUGUUGAAGAACCAAAUGACAUAACAACGGCCACUCAGUUGAAACAUAUGGACUUGCGUCGUUUGUCAAACCUGAAAUAUGUGUGGAGUAAAGAUCCUCAAGGAACUCUUACCUUCCCCAAUCUAAUAAAAGUGGUAACAUAUAAAUGUCCAAGUCUGAAAUCAAUAUUUCCACCUUCUGUUGCCAAAGAGCUUUUCCAACUUCAUAAACUGCAUAUUCAAAAUUGUGGGAUAGAAGAAAUUGUUGGUAAGGAGGAAGCACUGGAGACAGUACCACCUCGGUUUGUGUUCCCUCAAUUGGAGGAAAUGAUGCUUUUAAAUCUGCCCAACCUUGUGACGUUUUAUCCAGGACUUCAUGCCUCAAGUUGGCCUUCAUUAAGAAAGCUAGAUGUGAAGGAUUGUAUGGAAGUGAAGAUUUUUGCUUUGGAGCUCUUCAACUUCAGAGUUGAUAAAGUUCAUUGUGAUAUUCCAUUUCAGCAACCUUUAUUUUUUGUGGAGAAGGUUGAACUACCCAUUGUGAUGAUGAUAAAUCAAUGCCAACUCAGUAAUGCAGAUUUCUUGGGCAAAUUGGAAGAGAUGAAUGUGUAUAACUGUAAAAGUCUAACAAAAAUGUUUUCAUCUAAUAUAUCGAGAAGACUCCACAAUCUAAGAAAGUUGGUUAUAUCUAAUUGUGAAAUGCUGGAAGUGGUAUUUGAAGUUGAAAUAGCAAAUGUUCAUCAAGAAACCUCCAAGACAGCACCCCUUCAUUUGAAGGAGUUGAAAUUAGCACUGUUACCAAAACUGAAGCAUGUUUGGAGCAAAGAUCCCCAAGGAACUGUUAGCUUGCAAGACCUGCAGAGAGUUGAUGCUUUGGAAUGCCGAAGUCUGAAAAAUCUCUUUCCACCGUCUGUUGCCAAAAAUCUCGUUCAACUUCGAGAGCUAUACAUAACCAAGUGUGGGAUACAGGAAAUUGUUGCUGAGGAGGAAGGGUUAGAGGCAGCACCACAUAAGUUUGUAUUCCCUCAGUUGGAGGUAAUGAUUCUUGUAAAUCUGCCCAACCUUGUGAGCUUUUAUCCAGGUCUACAUACCUCAAGUUGGCCUUCAUUAAGAAAGAUAGAUGUGGUGGACUGUAUUAAAGUGAAGGUUUUUGCUUCAGAGUUCAACUUCCAAGAAACACAUGAGUUUGGCAUUCAUCAGGAUAGCCCUUGGCCUUUAUUUCUUGUGGAGCAGACUCGAACACUGCAGGUUAGACUACCCAGUAUGAUGUUGAUAAGUCAUCAGAAACUCACUGCACAUAUCUUUGGAAAAUUGGAAGAAAUAAUUGUGUGUAACUGCAAAAGUCUAACGAAGAUGUUCUCAUCUAAUAUACUAAGAAGUCUCCACAAUCUGAGAAAGUUGUUCAUAAGAAACUGUGAGAUGAUGGAAGAGGUAUUUGAGAUUGAAAUAGCGAAUGAUCAUCAUCAACAAACAUCUGAGACAACACCUAUUCAUUUGAAGGAAAUGAGAUUACAAUUUUUACCAAAACUGAACCAUGUUUGGAGCAAAGAUCCCCAAGGAACUCUUACCUUCCAAGAUCUGCUGAGAGUUGAAGCUCUAGGAUGUAAGAGUCUGAAAAGUCUUUUUCCAGCUUCUGUUGCCCAAAAUCUUCCCCAACUUCAAGGUCUACAUGUAACAAACUGUGGAAUAGAGCAAAUUGUUGCUAAGGAGGAAGUACUAUUAGAUACCGUACCUUCUUUUGUUUUCCCUCAGCUUCAAAGUCUGACACUCCAGCAUCUGCCUAAUCUUGUGAGUUUCUACCCAGGACUGCAUACCUUAAAGUGGCCUAUGUUGAGAUGGUUGCAAGUGGCUUAUUUUAUGAAAGUAAAGUAUUUAUCCUUAAAUUCCCUAAGCUUCCAAGAGACAUGUGGGCUGAUUCAUCAAGAUAUUUCAUGCCAGGAACCCCUGUUUGCCAUCGACAAGGUCACAAUUGCUAGUCAAUAUGUAGACCAGGAGCGGCUGGUUGGUGAUGAGGAAGAAUGUGGAGGAACACUUUCACAGUUAAGUGGUUUAAGACUAUAUGAUAUGCCAAACUUGAUGCAUUUGAGGGAUGAGAGUUCACAGCUGGGCAGAGGGUUUCAGAAUUUGGUAGAUUUAGACAUUUUCAAAUGUGGCAGAUUAAAGAAAUUAGUGUCUUCCUCUAUGUCAUUCCAAAAUCUGAUAAGUUUGAGAGUCUCACAAUGCCAUGGAAUGCUAAGUUUACUAACUUCCCAAACAGCAAAAAGUAUGGCACGGCUCGAAAGGUUGUCGAUAUGUGGUUGCAAAAGAAUGACAGAAAUAAUUGCAGAUACAGAAGAAAGUGAUGAUAUGGAAGGUGAAAUUGUGUUUGGUCGGUUGAAAACUUUGACACUUUAUUACUUACCUAGCCUUUCAAGCUUCUAUUCUGGGAAAUAUAUGAUUGGAUUUCCAGAUUUGGAAAGUGUAUUUGUAAAUAGGUGCUUUGAGAUGCAAAGUUUCUCUAGACAUGGUAACAUAAUUGCCAGCCCAAAACUUCACAAAGUGGUCCUGGAUUAUGAUAAAACUGUGUCUACUUAUAGUAGCUUAAUAAAUAGCACCAUAUCACACUACUGGAAGAGCCAUCCUAGUACUGCAUUACACAAACUUUUCAGACAAGAAUGUGGACUAUGAUGAAGAAUAUUCCGAAGAAGAUGAUUUUGACGAUGAUUUUGAUGACGACGAAUUUGAAGAAGAUUAAGCAUGCAGAAGAUUUAGUGAUCAACAUAUUAUUUAUUUGUAAGAAUUCGUUUCAUUCCUAUCAAAUUGGAUUAAUUUCUUUUAACUCUUUCUUUUCCUGUAACUGUUAAAUAUUGUUUUACUUUUAUUUUAUUUUUUCUAUAGCCACAUCUGAAGGAUCAAUUUUGACUUAGAAGGCUCUAGAAUUAAGUAGUGUAUUUGGUAUACUUGGUUGGCAAGUGAAGCAUUGGAAUUUGUGAAGAAAAUAUUUAAAAUUGAGAAUGAGACACUGGCAUAGUGGAGAAGUCUGGAAGAUGUAAGAGUCGGCUAAAGCAACCGAGAAUAGCAAGUAUAAAAGAUAGCUUUGGCUUCCAUAUAUGGUGAGCUACUCAAGUAAGUAGAGUAGGCUCCUAGAGCAAGGGCUCUUAGUGCUUGGUGUCUAUGUGUUAAGAGUUCCAAAGUUAUUAUGUGCAUGGAUUCCGUUGAAUAUAUGAGUUUUUUAUGUCGUUGUCUAUGCAAAGGUUUUGUAAAAGUCAUAUAAUAUAAUAUAAGGUGUUAUUUUUCCACAACA